AUGCUGCUGAUGGACGAACAUGACGCCGCAAUGACACUGGCAACACGAUACCUCCGCUCAUUACCGCACCACAUCGACGAGAAAUGGGUUGGAUGUUGCAUGCUCAUCAUUAACGCGCUCAUCGCGCAUGAAGCGAGGAAGCGCGGCUUGCGUGAUUUCUAUCCAGCUCGCAGGAAACUCGACGAGAUGUUAACGAUCCAUCCCAACUUGUACCCGUCACCCAAAACUCUUAUGGUCCUGCUCAGCACUGUUCGGCAGACAGAAAUGUGGGACCAUAGCUUGGCACACUCUCAUCAAGUUCAAACUCGAUGGGGCCCUAAUGUCGAAGAUGAAAACGUUCGACAUCGGGUGGCGGAGUAUGCUCUUAUUGAAGGGAGGCUUUAUAUCUAUGGGCGACUUCGUGCAGCAGAAGAAGCGUUGUUGUUCCCGGACCCUCCAGUCAACCAGAGUGAAAUUCUGAUGCGGAGGACUUAUCGAGAGUAUUUCCCUCAGAGUCAGAAUGGACGACACAGAUCUAGAGAGCGAUGGAAAAGAUUGGAGGCUAAAGCAAUGGCAGUUAGAUUACGGUUGCAGAAGAAGGAAAAGUACGUAAAUACGACCACAAAUUGA